AUGAAGAAGUUCUUCACGCGGAAGAAGCUCCGAAAAUCCAAAUCUGAUUUUUCGUCGGAGAAAAUCGAGCAGAAUGGAACUGUAACCGCGGCGGCGGAGCCUAUCCCGACUUCGAAAUCAACUAAUAUCGUCAAGUUAGUCUUUUUUUCCUUUUUAGGUCCCAUUAGAUUUAGGCAUAGGAGUUUUAUAAUUUUAAGCAUAGGUUUUUAGAUUUUUGAGAUAUGAGAAAAUUAUUUUCCUGUUGUGACCAAGCGUUUUUCCGUUAGAUUAUAUAUAGAUCUUCGUGGGAUUCAGUAUAGUCACUUCUGGGUUAUUUGCGAAAGAAAUAUUAGAAAGAGUAGUUCGAGAAUUGACUCUAUGGAUUUUCUUUGUUACAAGAGGCGGUCUGAACGAUUUGUAAAUUAGAAAAAUUAAAUUUGAAACGUAUAAAAUUCUUCUACGAUUGAGUGAAUUGACUCUAGAUUUCAACUACAACUUGCCCAUAAUUUUAGGAUGAGAAAUUUGAAGCCGUUUUUUAUUUAUAUUUCUCUCUUUUCUAUCUUAUUUCUCAGAAUGUUGUAAAACUCCCAAGAGAUUAGUCCUAAUAAUAGUCUAAUAUUUAAUAUUUUUAUUUGAGUAUUUUGAUGCUUUUGAUGGAAUUGAGAAAAUUAGUAAAUUUAAAAAAAAAAGGAGUAAGCUGUUUUUUGUCUCACAGGAGAGAUCUUCCCGAUUUUUGUAAGCAGUUUGUCUUUUCUUAAAAAUUGGUUCAAUAUUUCCCAUGAGGUCAACAAUUUUUAAGCUAUGAAAACUUUCAAUCAAUUUCACCUCCUAAGAAAAACGGAAAGAAAGAGUUUUCCAGCAACGUGGCGAGCUCAUCGGACGACUGGGAGGCGGUCUGUUCCUCUCAUGGCGACGAAAGUCGGAAGAAUUUCGACGCCCAACUCGACAAACACAUGAUGCAGACCAUCACCGACGUCAAGUACAUGAUCAAGAAGAGCAAGUACACGGCCCUCAGUCAGUCUUCCAUCCCUUCCAGUCGAAUGAUCCGAUAAAAACUCUCUCAAAAGCUUUUGAUGUCGUUUUUCCCAGCAACUGUUGUCAUUAUAAGUAUCAAGUAUUCCAAAUCCAACGAGGACAGCUGAUUAGGCAAUAUCGCAAGGUAUAGUGAAUGAUAGGUGAUAAACGUAGUUUUUGAGAAACAAGGUCGAAUCUAGGUUUCAAGAGAACAGCUGAAUCAAUGUGCGCUCAAUAGUCACCAAUUUCAACCGGACAAUAAAAAAGCUCGUUCAAUCUUUUUUCAACAGUUGACCCGGUUUCAAACAUUCUCAACAGUUGAUUUUCAACCGGUCAAUCGUUAAAAGCAUUUUUUGAGUCGAACUUCAAACAUUUUGAUAUAGAUUUUUCAAAAGCAACGUUUGAAAUCAAAAUGUUAAAAUGGUUCAACGUUAGAUUUUGACGGCUAUAACAUCAGAGCUCAAAAGAACUAAUUCUUUCGAUAUUUCGAUACCCUUUCAAAAUUUUCCCACUAUUAAUUUUUCAGGUGAGGUCAAUUUCCAAAGAGCUUGUCUAGAUGCACACAACGAGGUCCGGCAAAGGUUUUUUUUCUUCACUCGCUGUAAUAAUUCCUUUUUUUGCAGGUACGGUAGCGAAAACCUUGUUUGGUCAACAGAACUGGCGGAAAUGGCCCAUGCUUGGUCUGUGAAAUUAGCCGACAGGGGUCGGUUACUGUAUCCUGAGCUUCCCGGUGAGUUUCAAAAUAGACUUUUCAGUAAAUAAGAUAAUUUUUUUUUUCUCUAGAAUCAUUUAGGGCGUUUUUUCCUUCUUUUUUUUUUCUCAGUUGCCAUCCGAAAAGCUGUUCUAAAAAUUAAUUUUUUUCGAUAUUUUUAUGAAGAUUUGUUCACUUUGAACCGCAUGAUGAUUUUUCAAAAAGUUCGAGAAUUUCCCAUUUUUUAAUGAUCUUCACUUCAGUGUGUUUAAUCAAUAUGAAGGGUGAGAAAGUAAAUAUGAAGAGGUCAUUAUUAUGACAAGGAUUUCAGGAUUUCUGAAAUUUCUUAGAGGAAAAAGGGUUUAAAGAUGAGAAUAUUUUAUAUCGCGCAGCCUUUUCGGGUCCUUUUUUUGUAGAGAGGUUUUUUUCAUUAGAUUUUUCUUUUCAUUUGGAUUCAUUCUGAAAAAAAAAUUACGGCUUUGUAUAAUUUAAAACUACCUGUUGACUUCCAAUAAACGCUUCACAGAGUCCCGCUUUUACUUAUUCCAUUUCAAAAGAUCAUAAUUAUCUGAUUGACGAGAUUGAAUCGAAUGUGUGGAUCUAUAAAAUCGAAAAAAGAGUCCUAAAAUCUGAAAAAAACAUUUCCGUAAACCAGCUCAAAGUGCACUUCUCUAAACGGCUCGUUUCCGUCGAGGAUCAUCGAAUUGACCGGAUAAAUUGUAGGGAUAGGGGAGAACAUCAUUUUGCACGAGGCGGACGAACAAUCGCAUUUGCCGACGGGCGCCGAAGUUCUGGCCGAGUGGGAAAAGGAGUCGCAGUUCUUCGACUUCGAACGGCCCAAGUGGAAUCCCAGUGGGUGUCUUUAGAUUGUUCGAUGGUGCAAAAAAAAAUGAGUGACAAGAAAAAAACGCGAUUCUGUACUGGGUUAUAUCAACCUUGUCGGAAAAUUCCGUCUUAAGCUACCUUUUCUAGUUAGUUUUUGUGAAAAUGAAGGUUCUUAGCUUUAGAAAUUUGAAUUUCAAGGCUCACCAAAAGUGACCUUUCUCAGGGCCUUAAUGUACUGAUUUUGGCUUUUGUAGACUCAAAAAAAGCCAUAUUAAUGCUACCGGUCUUAACUGUAGACUUGGAAGAAUUUCAAAAAUUUCAAUUAUUUCUCUACCUUCAAAAAAAAUAAUCAUCGCUCUAGUUUUCCUCUUACUUAAUUUUUUUAUUUUAUUUCAGUCCAUAGGAAAAUUAAAAAAAUAAUGGAAAGGGCUUCUUGUCCCUUUUUUUCAAGAAUUUUGAAAAAAAUGUAUAAUUCCCACUUUCCAAGAGGUUAUCCGUUAUAAAUUAUUAAAUAAUCAAAAAGCUUAUAAAAAAUGAAUUUUUCUGCUUUAAUCGUCUUUUGGAAACGAUCUCACGGUUUCUGAUCAUAGAUGGGCAAGUACAGAGCUUAGUCAGGCCUGCGAAAUCUUGGUCAAUGCUUCAGUUUUUCCGAACCAAAAAAAAUAUAAAGCUAGACCUAACUCUCCGAAGGUUUCUAGCAUUCGUAGCUGCCUUCCAAGAAAAAAAAGAUGUUUCAGAAUGUCAGAGGUUCUCACAAGUCGUGUGGAAAGAUACGACGGAACUGGGAGCCGCCCGAUAUUGGAACACUGCCAACAACUGCGUCGCCGUCGUCUGUUUCUACAGGCCCAAUGGGAAUUCCAAUGCGCCCGGUAAAUUGAAACUUCUCUGGAGAAAUGUAGACUACCAAAAUAUUUGUUUUCAACAAAAUGGUUCAGUUUUUUGACUAUAGUUGUGCGUGUCAAAAUAACAGUCAGAGAAAAAAAAGAUGCUAGGUUUUGGAGUACGAGAUAAAUUUGCCUUCUACAGAAACUACUCUGAAGGCGGUAUAAAGCUCACUAUAGGGAAAAUUAAAAAAACAUCCAUAUAGGGGGCGAAAAAGUGGUCCCUAUGGGGGUUAAUUUUAGGUGGUCCUUAUAGGGGUUUAGGGUCUGAGCCCUUAGCCUCUAAAGCUCAAGUGGUCCCUAUAGAAGUUUAGGUAAAAAACUAGUCCCUAAGGUUGCCCCUACAGGGAUCACUCUGGGGUCCCUAACUAGAGAACUACUCGGACUCGGGUACCCGUUUCGAGUUGAAACUUGGGUGGCUUAUAGACCCGGGUAAGAGAACUUGGGAACAAGAGAGAUUAUCUGCUAAAUCCCAUAGGCUUCUGAGAAAAAAAUCUUUUUCGAAAAAUGUAUUAAAAAUUUUUUUGUAUUAGAAUAUAAAACAAUUGUAUUAAAAUAUAAAACAAGGUAAAAAAACAGUAUUCUGAAAAAAAUUUCAGGCCUAAUUUUUCCCAUUUUUCUACUAAUUUUUUUCUCAGUUCUCUAUGGGGAUUAGCAGAUAUUCUCUCUUGUUUUUCAAGUAAUCUGACUUGGGUCUAUAAACAACUUAAGUUUCAACUCGAAACCCGUACCCUGAGUCCGAGUAGUUCCCUAGUAAGUAUGGUUUUGAAAAAUAGUUUAAAAAAAUUAUGGUAAAUUCGUAGAUUUAUUAACCUUCCUAGUGAGAAAAAAUAGUUCUGUUAGAAGACCUGACCGGAAAAGUUGCUUUUAAGAGAAUAAAUAAAUGAAAUUUUCAAACCAAAAUUCAUGAAGCUGAAUGAAAAAGCUGUUUGAGGCGAGUUCGCGUCGAACGUGCCGAGUCGCGACUGCUCGAUGUCGCCGGCGAGGUCGCUCUCCACACAAGUCAAACGUUGCGUCACCAUCUCGACCCCCGAACACAAAACCCCCAAGUGA